AUGGCAUCGUCAUCCACCCUCUCCCGACCCAGCGCACACGUCGCCAGGAGCCCCGAAUCCUAUGAAUCCCUCGCACGACGCAAUGCCGCCGCCGAGAUCCUGCAGAGCUAUGAGAGGCUGUCUUGGCACUCGUUCCAGCGAUGCGAGUCCCUAGUCCAGACGCGCCUGCAUUUCCAAAAUGUCCUUGCCGGUCUCACCGACCAGGACGAGGCGGCGCUCGUCGACUGGAAAGAAGACAAGACGCCCCGCCCCAAGCCGGGCGACGAGGGUCAUCACGGGAGUAGUCGAAAGGGCAAGGAGCGCUUGAGUGGCGGUGUCGCUGGCCCUGCUCCCAAGGCGAACAAGACUCGAGAGCAGAGUGACAGCAGUACCGGCGGGAGCGCGAAGAAGAAGCGAAAGAGUCUUCAAUAA